UCAACCUAACCUUUGACCCCUGAAUGAACACUAUCUUCUCUACUUCCUGGACGCAGUUUGAGAAAAUGCUUUUCGUUUUGUAGUUUAUUAGAUUUGGCAAUUGUAAAAGUAAAACUCCGGAAUGAAAUUGGAUUAAAGGUUUCUGCAAACAUGAGUUGGAUUCCCUUCAAGAUUGGACAACCAAAGAAGCAGAUUGUUUCAAAAACGGUUGAAAGAGACUUUGAACGAGAAUAUGACAAGCUCCAAAAAUUGGAAGACCAGACCAAGAAGCUGCACAAAGACAUGAAGAAAAGCACGGAGGCCGACAUAGCCAUGUCCAAGGCCGCCGUGAAGAUCUCGGCCGACCUGCUCAGCAACCCGCUGUGCGAGCAGGACCAGGCCUUCCUGGACUCCAUGACCGCCCUGGACACGGCCAUGAAGAGGAUGGACUCGUUCAACCAGGAGAAGGUGAUGCAGAUCCAGAAGACCGUAAUCGAUCCUCUUAAAAAGUACAGCAGUGUGUUCCCCAGUCUGAACAUGGCAGUGAAGCGGAGGGAGCAGGCUCUCCAGGACUACAAGAGGCUGCAGUCCAAGGUGGAGAAGUAUGAGGAGAAGGAGAAGACCGGGCCCAUCGUGGUCAAACUGCACCAGGCCAGGGAGGAGCUGAGGCCGGUGAGGGAGGAGUUUGAGGCCAAGAACAAGCAGCUGCUGGACGAGAUGCCCAAGUUCUACCACAGCCGCAUCGACUACUUCCAGCCCAGCUUCGAGGCCCUGAUCCGGGCACAGGUGGUGUACUUCACGGAGAUGCACAAGAUCUUCGGUGAGCUGACGGAUCAGAUCGACCAGGCGGGGCUGACAGACGAGCAGAGGGAGCGGGAGAACGAGGCCAAGCUCAAUGAGCUGCGCGCUCUGUCCAUUGUGGCGGACGACUGAGGGGGAGGGGCUUAACGGGUUACCACCAACAACUCUACUUGAAUAUUUCUUGUUUCUCCGAGACACUAUCUCCUGCAUCUUAAUCGGCCAAUGAUGACACUGAACUUGUGAUGACACUAAAUGUUUGAGGUUUAAGCAUUUUAAUGCCAUAUUUGCAAAGCCAUCAUGCAAACAUUUGUUAUUGUAAGCAGAUAACCAAUGAUGCGUUUUUAAUACAUAGCCGUGUACCCUAUUUUGAUGAAAUGCAUGAAGAACACUCCUGGGUUGCUAUUUUAAUAGCUGUCGCAUAAUGCUAAUUGUCAAGCCAGCAAUAAGCUGUCCACUUAAUACUUGUUUGAAAUGAUUUAACUUUUUAAACAUUCUGUUUCUUGUUUGUCAUCCGGAAUUACCGUCAACCUUUCGAAUUAACUGUUUUCCUCAAGGGGUUCUAAUUUUCCGAAGUGGUAUGUUAUCUGUCAGAAUACCGUUCUUACAGAUGGUGUGGUCCCUGCUCUCUGUCUUAAUUCCUACGUAGAGAAUGAAAUGAACGGAAAUUGUUUCACUCUUAAUGGGCAGCCGCACGUUCACGGCUUGUUGUAAAGCGGUAAAAUGAAGUCUCGCCCAACGUCUUAGAAAACUUGAAUCGGUGGCAUGGGCUAUGGCAAAGUUUCACUCUGCAAUUUAUCUUUCUUGUUCCAGAACAUUCCCAUACAGGGGUAACUGCUUAGUUUGAGAAUAGCACCAUUUUAAAAAAGCCUGUUUUUAGAGAGGGGUGGGGGGGCAGAAAACUUCUGUGUUAAUCCAGUUUUCUGGUAGGUUAAUUUGAUGUGAAUACGUCUGAAAAAGCAGUUUUGUGUUAAUGUCUAUUUGGCUCAAAUGCAUUCUCAGCUACAGCAUAGACGGUUACAGACAACUUCUUGAGCAAAAGCAAUGUUGUUACGCCCUCUAGUGGCAGCGAGUUACAUCUUCCAGAGACUCUCUGGAGUACGUAAAGGUUUUUGUGAUUUGUAAUUUAGCUUUAUUAUUGAAAUAAAUUCCUUAACUUGACAUUGCAGUUUUGUAUAGCACUGGUCUACAGCCAUGUCCACACCAUGUCUUAGAUUGUCUACGUUCAAGGCCUACUGAACCAACCACCAAAGCCGGGUUUUUAGUUCGGGUGCAACCCUUAAAAUUAUUUUCCAGCUCUUUAAACUUCUCUAGUGAGCCAGUUAAUAAUUGCCUACCUAUAAUACAUAUAUUGAAGUCCACAGGUUCUUUCCUGUACUGUAUUACAAGUUACAUGACUUUGAUAACUCUUACCAUCUUACGCUGCACAUUCAUGUUAGUUACGUUCAGAGAUGUGGUGUUGUAAUAAACAAGGUUAUCGUUCCCUCGUUCAGGGGAGCCAGCAUUAACACCAUGAAGUCUGCAGCCAUGCCUUCCUGGGAUUUUAUAAAUAUAACUGAUGUUACUGUGUCAGGGGUACAGCACAUGGUAGAUGGUGUGCCUUAAAUCAGUAGUGAUUCCCUUCUGAUUGCAGUCAUACUUAUUACGUAAAGUUUUGUAUUGAGACUGUUUGUGUUCAGUGUGUAUCAGCGGGACUGUGACAAAGCAAAAUUCUUACAGUAGUAUACAGUACAUUGUAAUGAGCCAAAUUUCAAUCAAGAGGCAAAGCUCAUGCCAUUCUCCCAGCUUUGGGAUUUAAAUGUGAGAGACUUGCAAAAAAGAUAAAAUGUUUUUCAAUCAUUUGCAUUCAGUGAUGCAGCAAUAACGUUAAACCAUUCUAUCCAGGCUUAAUUGAGAAUGUCACAUUUUAUUUCUGAAGCUUUGGUGUUUUACACAAUGGUGUAUUUUACUGUAUUUGUUUGUUUUAAGUUCCUAUUUAAUGUGGUGCAGCUGUUAAUUUACCUGGAUUUUGAUCAGCAGAGGCCAUCUGUUGAGGUAGUUGCCUUCAUCUGAAUAACACGCUUAUAAUGUAUAAAAUAUUUUUGACCAGAAUGCGCAAAAUCCAAUAAAUUGAUAGAAAGAAA